UUCAAUCCAAAUAAAAGAGAAGACCCAAUUUUUCUCUAGCCUGAAAUCACCUGACCCGGCCCAAUACCCAAACAGUACAGCAACAUAUGUGACUACACCUUCACCCGUUCUUUUUCUUCCUGGCAGUCCAGACGCCUGAGCCAGCAAACCAGAAAAUAAACCCAGCUUCAGCGAUCCAGCAGCCUAGGGACCCGACCAGUCGCGCGUUCCCCUUAUCUCCCCUACCAGACCGUUUCGAGAAUCGACCAGGUAUCGAAAUCUCGCACCUCACUCGUCCUUCCCUUGGAACCAAACGAUCCUUCAUUCAAUUUCAUUUGAAUUGGUACGAUUCAUGCUCACCCCAAGCUUUAUCCAGUCAAGAAUUUUCAAAUUACUCCCAGUCCCACAUCGAUUCUAGGCUGUAUUUUUUCAGAUUUCUCAACCCCUAUAAAUAGCCUCCUUCUUACUGUUCAAAGGAGACGUUUUGAGACCUGAGAGUACCCUAUAAGGUUUGGAAAUUCUCAGUUCAAUAGUUUAAAGUUUUUGUGGUUUUUCGAGUUAAAGAGGUGGAAUCGUCUCUGUUGAACUCGUUUUUCGGUUCGCUGCCCAGAACCAGACGCAUGAACUCUUCCAUUGAGUCCACUUGGACUUCCCAUCUCUUGCAUAUUCUUCUUUUCGAGGCAACCUCUACCAAGUUGAGAGAGAAGUAAAUACAUUGGGUUAAAGCUGCCUGAAAACCAGCAGCACCAGCAACUUCGAAAGGCCGAAAAACAAGGAGCGAAAUUGGGUUAAAACCCAAAAAUCAGAAGCAGCAGCUAAAGGGGUUAUGAAGGUGGAAUUUUGGACUUAAAAAGUCCAAUUUGAACUUGCAACAACAGCGAUACAAAGAAAAAUUUAUGGACUCAAAAGUCCGAAAACACAGAUGCUACAUAGAAGAAAAGGAGGCAACGGCUGAAUUUGGACCAAAAGUCCAGACUUUUCUUUGUAUUACUUCUCUGCCUUCCUUGUUAUUAUGACAUCUAACCCUUUUUAUUAACUUGUUAUUACCUUGGAUGAAUCCUCAUAAGAGUUGACGCUAUUUAUCAAUUUUUAUUUCAAAAGGGUGGUUUGCCUAAUUAUGUAUCAACACAGUUUGUUCUUGGGCAACUUAAGCUUAUAGAAUAACUUGAGAACCAUUCAUGUUUUUUCAUAGUUACUAAAAAGCUUUGAAUUAACGUUAAUGAAUUUGAACUAUUUCUUUGGUUUAAAAUCUUUAACUCGGAUAAAUUAUCAAGUUACAAAUGUUUUCGGCACUCUAACCUUUUUUUUUUUUAAAAAAAAUAAUAAAAAAAUUCAUUAUUUGUUAAGUAUAAUUGAUCUCUAUUUAUUUUCAUAAGAUUUUUACAAGUAAUUUAAAAAAUUAGCCAAAUUUAUUAAAAUCCGCCGGUCAAUCCCAUGUUAGCGGAUUCUCUAAAAUGCCUAAACCCUUCCUUAGAGAAUUAAUUAAACCUUUACUCAACUCUAGUUUUAUUUAAAAUGUUUUCUUUCAAAAAUCCCCUUAUUUAAAUGGUUUUCUUAAUUUUUCCAAAAAGAUUUAAGUGGCGACUUCUAAAUUGUUAUUUUCCAAAAUUAACAUAAAUUGCCAAAGUUGCAGAAAUGGUUUCGAAACCUUAGUUUUCGAAAUCGGGUCGUAACAAUGAGUAUGAAUUAUUUUUGCCUGAUCACUUAACAUCACUGGUUUAGUACAAAUUAGAAUUAGCUGAAAGGGCUGAUCCUAAGUCCAUGUCUCAAAGGCACUGGAUGAAGGAUACACAUUGUCUCAUUGAUCAACAGGGUUAGAGAUCGCUUGUGCAGAACUUUGUUGGGAGUUUAAGACAUAUAUUUUCACAGAUAUUUGUUAGGAAUUACAAGGUCUUAAUAAGCAAGAAACAGCUGAUAAAUAUGGAAGUGAGCAGGCUCAUGAGUGGCGUCGUAGCUAUGAUAUUCCUCCUAUGAACGGAGAAAGUUUGGAAAUCUGUGCAGAGAGAGCUGUUGCCUACUUCACAGAGCAUAUUGAACUCCAACUGGCAAGUGGAAAAAAAAAUAUAAUGAUUGCAGCCCAUGGGAACUCAUUGAGGUCCAUCAAUAUGUAUCUUGACAAGCUAAUUUCCCAAGAGGUUAUAAGUUUGGAGCUUGCCACUGGAAUCCCCAUGCUUUACAUAUUCAAAGAAGGAAGGUUUAUUUGCAGAGGAAGACCUCCAGCACCAACUGAGGGAACAGUCUAUGCUUAUACGAAGGGGUUUGCUUUCAGUUGAAGUAGAUUUGAUAUGCCUCUUGAAGACUAGUUUCUCUUGCAAAUGGGAGUGAUUUGUUUUUUGGAUUUUUUCGUUUAAUGUAGUCUUCACAUAGAUAGGCCAAACAAACUCGGCCACUUUUUUCAUAAAUGUUGUUCUAUAUGUGAAUUGUAAUGUAGAAUAUGUUGGUUUUGAUCAGUAUGAGUGGACAGAUUAAAGACAAUGAGCCUACUAGGGCAUCUAUACAGCUUAUAAAUAAGACAAUGUAGAAUAUACAUGGGGUUUCUUUUCUCAG